UUCAGUGUCGCUCACAUUCAAGAUAUUAACACUAUCUAAAGAGCAAAGGGGAGUUUCCAAAGUCAUCAAGUCCAUCCAACUUUGCCAUUUUCGGCCAGAGACCACUGAAAAUGACUCCCAAGAAGACUGCCGCUCCCUUCUUAUGGUUUUCUUUUUGCUUUGGGAAUGUUCUUGAGGCAGUGGUGCUGGGAUCGGUGCAGUACCCCUCUGAUAACGGGCUCCACUCACAUCUGGAUGCGCGCGGUCCUGCAGAAGCCAGCGCGAGCUCUCGGAACGACUCCACAUCUGUUCAUGUUCCGGCUUACAUGAUCUCUCUGUACAGGACUCUAUCGGAACUGGACCGACGGGGAAGCAACGGCAGCCAGACGCGCUCCAGGAGAUAUGCCAAUACAGUGACCAGCUUCAUUGCCCUGGGACGAGACAAUCCUUCCCUAAAGCUCCACCAGCAGUACACAUUCGACCUGUCUGGUCUCUCACGAGUGGAUGAACUGAUGGAGGUGGAGCUGCGGGUUCUGAGGAGGCCACCGCCUGAUGUCUUAAGUUUACUCUCCACUGGUGGGAACCUGUACCGACUACUCCUUCACACCUGCUCCCUCCCAGGAUCCUCUAACCAACCUCUGCUCCUCACUUCCAGGACCAUUGAUCUUCUAGAUACCUCUUCAGCCACAUGGGACGUGUUUGACGUUGGCACAAGCGUGAAGACCCACCUUAAGUUGCACAGGACCGCGGAAGGCAGCAGGCCGUUGUGCUUCAGCAUAUCCUCCGUUUCUGAUUCAAAUAACGAGGUGGUGCAACCCGGCAUGCUGGGUCUGAGCCACGAGGAUCAGCAGACCCAUGAAAGGGCCUUACUAGUGGCUUUUACUCGAGCUCGGAGGAAGGAGAACCUCUUUAGGGAGAUCCGUGAGAAGAUAAAGGCCAUGAAAAGUCAUAAAUUUCCUCAUCCUGCACCGGAGCAUGGUAUUAAAGGUCAUCCGAGACAUCGGCGGAGGAGGCGGACUGCACUAGCAGGCCGUUCUGGUGUAGGACCUGCAACAGGAGGCGCCGGCGGAGGAAAGGGUGGUGGCAGACGGAGAACACGUUGCAGCCGGAAGCCGCUUCACGUGAACUUCAAAGAACUGGGUUGGGACGACUGGAUUAUUGCGCCGCUUGAUUACGAAGCUUAUCACUGUGAGGGUUUAUGCGACUUCCCUUUGCGCUCACACCUGGAACCGACCAACCACGCCAUCAUCCAGACUCUCAUGAACUCCAUGGACCCGGAGUCCACCCCUCCCAGUUGUUGUGUUCCUUCUAAACUUAGUCCCAUCAGCAUCCUGUACAUUGACUCUGGGAAUAACGUUGUUUAUAAACAGUAUGAGGAUAUGGUGGUGGAGAGUUGUGGGUGCAGGUAGCAAUGUGAGUGAGGGGUUAACUACCCCUGGACACUAUCCGAAAGCUGCCGCUGCCUCAUACGCAGAGGCCUCAUAUGUGGGCAAGAUGAAGCAGUCAGAGCGGGUGAGAUGGACAGUGUGUAUAUGUGUGACAACGAGCAUGUGUGUAUGUUCAGAUGGCGAAAAGACAUUGAGUUGUGUUUUAGAAGUGAGUGGAGGACAGCUCCAAAUUCCCUUACAACACCAAAUAAACAACUCCUCAACAGAAAAUGAGUGAAAACAUAGACUUUCCAGAAAUUAUUUGACAUCCUGUUAAUAUAAACUCAAUGAUAGAGUGUUGAAGUAUCCUUGCAGCAGCGGUAGAAAUGUUGGCCCCGUUAAGACUCUGUCAGAGUCUGAGAAUCUGUCAGCGGUAGCAUGCAACUAUAACGUGUAUAACAGUUAAAGGUGCUUUGCAUGACAGUCAGCUUAUAUUCAAGAUGAAAUAGCUCAGAAGAAUUUCGAUAGUGCCUCUGAAAAUGUUUCUCUGUGGAGUCUGGUGGCCUUAAUUAAACAUGGCAUUGACUGAGUGAAAGUUUGACUCCAUUCUAAAUCUAAGCGGUCCAAGUUUAGCUGGUUAGCAUGGCCUCAUUAGCCCCUGCUGGUAGAUGUCGUAACUACACCAUGUGGUUGCAAAAACAUCUUUAUCAACUGACGACCAAUCAAAAUAGCUGCAUUUUAUUGAAAUCACAGAGUAGGUGUUUUACCAGUGCACAGGGCUUUCUUAAACGUGUGAAAUUGACAUUUUUACCCUGUCUUUUGUCAUAGCUCAGGAUAGUCACUAGUAAAGGAUUUGGGAUUUUGGGUUUCAUCAGCCAAUCAGCAUUGUCGUGACAUCAUUUUCCUGCAGCUUUAGAGUGAUUAGUCAGUAGUAGCAUAUAUGGUUUUCCUUUUUGGAGUUUUAGAUGAUUCUAGAACCAACAGACCAAUGUAAUAAACCAGAACGUUGUUAAGCACAUCAUUUUAUAUUCUUAAAAUAACAUACUUAAUGCUAAAACUAAAAUUAAGCUAUUUAAUGAGAAUGAGAACCCAGGCGUUUUAUGUUGAUGACACCACAUUUGGCUUCGGUCAGACGAUAGAUCUGUAUUAUAGUACAUGAUGUGUGCAAUAUGUGCAAGAUAAAUGACUUCAUUGCAUUGAGCGACCUAAGACCUUAUUUUGUGAAAGGCCUUGUGGAGCCAAAAUCAAAAUGAUUGUUUUGUUUUAUUCUGACACCAGAUUUGGCUGUUUGAAGACUUCAGUGUUCACCUACAUUUACUGAGAGAGUUUGUUUACUUGAGCUGGUAAUUAGAUUAGAUUCCUUUUAUCCUUUAAUGUCAUGCCUUAUUAUGGAUUAUCAUACAAAUCCACUGUGUUUCCUCAAAUGUUUAAUUUAAAUCGUUUAUUUAUGAAUGAGGUGCCUUGUCCCAUAAUAUAACAAAAAGGGACCUAAUUUAUGCCCAAUUUAAUUGCUUUAAAGGGCAUGUCAUUCCAAACCUGUAUGAUUUUAUUAGAUUUUUUUCUGUCGAACAUAAAAGAAGAUGUUUUGAAGCAUGCUCAAGAUGUCUCAAAAUGUUUUUUAUAUUCCAGAGAAGAAAGAAAGUUUGGGUGAAUUAUCUCCUUAAAUUCAUGUUAGUUUAUGUGAAAGUUUUAGAUUUUAGACAUCAAGCCACAAGAACAAAAUGAAAAUAAGCUUCUAGCGUUCAUUAAUCUCAGUGUCAGAGCAGAAAUAUUUGCCUGCUUACUGUUUAUAUAACAUCAACUGUUUCCUCUAUGAAGAAAUACAAAGCAGAUUUUUAAUUCAUAACAGCAAUUGUUUUUCUUUUUUUGACAUUUCUCCAUGGUAAUUCCCCUCAAUCAAUGUUGGUCUCAUUGUAUGGGAAUGAUAAUCACCCAAAUUGUCCACGGUGGCAGUAUGAAAGUUACAUUCCUAAAUCAACAGACCACAGAAAAAUUAGCCAGAGCAUCUGUGCAGUUCAGAACAAUAUAAUGGCACGAAAUCUGAAGAAAACUUCCUGUGUGGUUUUACGGUACAUUACUGUCGUACGUUAGUUUAUAAGCUUGUUGUUUUGAUUGUUUGUAAGUACUUUUACAGAGGUAAAUUCAAUUUACCAUUUAAAAUGAAGCUGAAAACAGUUGCAUCUCUCACAGUAUUUCUCGAUUUCCCAUUCAGAUUGUGCAGAGCUGUUUUUGUUCUGAGGUAAAAUCUUGUUCUGCAGGACUGAACUGGGAAAGAUAAAGCAAAAAUGAGAUCUUCAACAUCUAUUUCAAACAUAUUAAUUUCAUUUGGCCAGACAAGGAUAGUUCAAACAAUAUCCCUCUCCCGAGGUCUUUAUCUCCUCUCAUUGUGAACAAUUCCAAUCGUAUGUGCUUGCUCCUUAAUCUAAUUCCUCUCAAGGCAGUUUCUCCAAACAAUCUGAUUCUUUUUAUAAGCAGCCUUUAUUUCAAUAUUGACACGAUCAUGAUACCACACCUAGCUGGAAAAGAAUAACAUUAGGGGACGCCAUCUUUGGUUCAAGGAGAUAAAGAGGCACAAAGAGUGCCGUUGCCUCGUCUGUUGUUUAGAGGUCUGGAGGUUAUCAGCUUAAGCGCUGCAUGGGUUACCUCAGUUGUGCCUCGCCAUUUGACUAAAGUGAAAAGCCUCAGGAGACAUUUAGUAGAGAAGGAGUUUCAAUUUACUAUGCCAAGUGCUCUCAGAGAAAUGAAUGCAAAGCCUGCAGGAUUGUCAUGGUUCAGUUAAGGGGUUUGGCACCCCUCGAAUAUACAUGCUGAUCAGUGCUAAGCAAUGUUAACUUACCUUCACCGACAUCUGUUUUACUUUACUGUACCUAAGCUGGUAAAAUAUAUGUUGCUUAAAGAAAUAUGGAGGGAAUCAUAAAGCCGUGACGGAUUUGUUUUAUUAGAGCAAAGGGUUAAAAUAUAAGUGUAAAUUAUUGUACACAUGUCAAAGCGCUUUUCUUAAUUUAAUGCAUUUAGUGUAUUUAUCUGGCUACGAAAAUGAUCAUUUUAUACUACAAAAAAUGGGAGAAUGUCUUUUUUUGUUAUUGACUUUUUAUUGUAAAUGCACUGUGUAUG